CACUCACCACCGAGUCACCAACUCAUAUUCCUAUAUAAACACCCCCGAGCACACUUUUCUCUCAUCCACUCAUUCACUUCAAUACAACACACACUGCUCUGUUCGUACUCUCUUUCUCUCUCUGUCUCUCUCUCUCUCUAGUUAAUAAAUUAAAGAUGGCUUUGGAGGCUCUGAACUCUCCUACAGCUGCAGGAAUCACUCCUUUCAUUGCGAAGUUCCAAGAUCAAGAAGAAGAAGAAGAAGAGCUUCAUCAGCUGCGUGAGCCGUGGGCCAAGAGGAAGCGAUCAAAACGACCGCGUUUCGAGAACCCUCCCACCGAAGAAGAGUACCUGGCUCUCUGCCUCAUCAUGUUAGCUCACAGCGGCAACAAGGUCACUGCCACUACUCUUAAGAACGAACAAACAGAGUCUUCAUCUUCACAGCAACCACAAGAAGGAUCAUCGUCGCCGGCUCCGGAGAUCAAGCUUACUCACAGGUGCACCGUCUGCAACAAGGCCUUCCCUUCUUACCAAGCACUCGGCGGACACAAGGCCAGCCACCGCAAAUCAUCCAAUUCUGAAAACAACACCGCCGCCGCCGCCACCACAGCAGCUGCAGUCAACAGCGAAAACGUGUCAGCCUCCGCCACCACGAACGGCGGGCCAAGGAUGCACGAGUGUUCCAUAUGUCACAAGUCUUUCCCUACCGGUCAGGCUUUAGGUGGCCACAAGCGCUGCCACUACGAAGGUGGCAACAACCACCACCACAACAACAACAACAAUAGCAGCGCCGUGGCAUCUUCCGAGGGCGGCGGCACCUCCUCCCAAAGCUUCCGUGGCUUUGACCUCAACCUGCCCGCUCCCCUGACCGAGUACUGGUCGCCGGCGGGGCUUGAUGACGUCAGCGAAGCGAAGACAAAGAACAAGAAGAAGAAGGUUGAAGAGCAAGAAGUGGAAAGCCCUCUGCCGGUAGCCGCCGCGAAGAGGGCGCGUUUGUUUGAAGACGCUGAUCAGAACUAAGCAGAAGGGAUUCCGAUUCUGCUUAAUUGAUUGAAUUUGAUUGUGAAUAUGAACGGACAGAUAUACAUAUACAUGGAUCGCACACAGAUUCAUUCAAAUUCUUCAACUCACUAGUUUCCGGCCAUGAUUAUUUUAUUUGGUUUCUCGUUUUCUUUUCUAUUUUUGGGAUCGGAUAUGGAUGGAGAAUUCGAAUUUUAGUUUCAGGGGAUAUGAUUUAAUUUGUUUCUACUACACCAAUGCAUUGAUGUUUCUCUGUACAGACAAAAUUUCUUCAUUGCUUUUUGGACUGUACCUUCCUUCUCUCAUCAAUUCAAUCUAACCAUUUUUUUACCAUUA